UUGUUUGUUCGUGAGAGAGAUCUUAUUAUUUCAUUUCAUCUCGAGAUUGUUGUAUAGGCAGCCAUGGAAGCUUCAUCAUCAAAUCCUCCUCCAAUGAGUUAUGAUAUUUUCUUAAGUUUUAGAGGCGAAGAUACUCGUAACACGUUCAUCGGAUACCUAUACAAGGAGUUGCAUCAGUUGGGAAUAAUGACUUUUAAGGAUGAUAACAGCCUCUUGAUCGGAGACAAUAUUAGUAACAAGCUCGUUAGAGCAAUCGAAAAAUCGAGGUCUUCCAUCGUCGUUUUAUCGAAGGACUAUGCUUCUUCUAAGUGGUGUUUGAGAGAGUUGGCCAAGAUAAUCGACUGCAUGGUUCAAUGCUCACAUCGAGUCCUUCCGGUGUUUUACCAUGUCGAUCCUUCCGAUGUUCGACAUCAGUCGGGGAGUUUUAAGAAAUGUUUCGAUGAAUACGAAGAAACCCUUCAACAAUUCAUGAAUUAUGAGCAGAAAGAAGAACACGAGGUCCAGCAGUGGAGGGAGGCUAUGACAAAAAUCGCCAAUCUCACUGGAGUAGUUGUAACAAAAGAAAGCGUUGAAGUGGCUAGCAUCGACAAAAUCACAAAGCAAGUAUUUGAUAUGUUGCAUUAUCCAAAGUUGGUUGCUGCUGACAAACUCAAUAACUUAGUUGAUAUUGAGCGUCGUUUGUAUUCGAUGGAUACGCUCAUUGGUUUAGAAUCAAAUGACGUAUGUUUUGUGGGAAUAAUAGGAAUGGGUGGUAUUGGUAAAACAACCAUUGCUGAAGUAUUUUACGACAAGGUUGCCCAUAAAUUUGGAAAAAAUCGUUGCUUUCUUCGCAUUCAAGGACACAGUUUGAGUUUAAUCUCGCUGCAACAUCAGCUUCUAUCUCAACUUCUUCGAAAAGAAGACAUUAAAAUAAUGGAUGAGAAUGAAGGAGAAUACAUGAUCAAAUAUCAUUUGAGCGGUAAAAAGGUUCUUAUUGUUCUUGAUGGGAUUGAUGAGAAAGGGCAGUUAGAAAAGUUAGCUGGAAGUCCGGAUUGGUUUGGUCCAAAGAGUCAAAUUAUCAUUACAACUAGAAAUAGAGAUGUUCUUCGUCAAUCUAAUUAUAAAGACAAAUUGCUCGAAUAUAAGGUGGAAUUACUUGAUUAUAAGAGUGGCUUCUCGCUCUUCUGCAAGCAUGCCUUUGGAGAUCAUACCUGUCCCAAUGAGAAUUUUGAGCAGCUCAGUAAGGAGAUCGUAGAUAGGGUUAAAGGGCAUCCACAAGCUUUGGUACAAAUUGGAUCGUAUUUGUACGGUCAAGAUAUAGAUGUAUGGAAAGAAGAGUUGAAUAGUCUUGAUAUAGAUUACAAUAAACAUGUAUUCAAGACAUUAAAGAUAAGUUUCGAUGGUCUGGAGAAGACGAGUCAACAAGUUUUUCUUGAUUUAGCAUGUUUCUUCAAUGGGAGGAGAAAAGAUAAAGUGAUUGAAAUACUUCGGAGUUUUGAUUAUAGACCCCAUAGCGAAAUACAAUUAUUGUACGAUAGAUGUCUUAUUGAAGUCAGGCGAGAUGGCACAAUAUUUAUACCUAAUUGCAUUCAAACUAUGGGUCGAAAAAUCGAACGUGAUGCAGAUGAACGAAGUAGGAUUUGGAUUCGGAAAGAUGUCCUCGACGUAUUUGAUAAACGACAUGGAGUAAAACACAUUGAAGGCAUAGUGUUGGACUUGGAAGAGAAGCAAGACAAACUAAAGCUACAAGCUGGCUUAUUUGAAGAUAUGACAGGUUUAAGAAUAUUGGAAAUUGGUAAUGUGGAGUUUUGUGAAGACUUCACACAUCUCUCAAAACAAUUGAGAUUACUCAACUGGCAUGGCUAUCCUUCAACAUGUUUGCCAUUACAAUUUGAAUCAAGAUAUCUGUUUGAACUUCUCUUACCUGUUGGUCAAAAUACACAACUUUGGAAAGGACAAAAGGGGUUUGAGAAAUUGAAGGUUAUUGAUGUCAGUGAUUCAAGAAAUUUGCGCGAGACGCCUAAUUUUACUAAGGUUCCAAAUCUUGAAAGUUUGGUUCUACGUAACUGUACAAGAUUGUAUAUGAUUGAUCAUUCGAUUAGCCGCCUCAAUCGUUUAACUUCCUUGGAUCUAACAUGUUGUGUUAGUCUCAGAAGCUUUUCAGUAAUUAACAGCUGCAAGAGUCUCACAACUUUAAAACUGGCUGGCUCAGGUCUUGAAAGAUUGAAAGCGGCGAAUAAGAACUUUUGUCCGAAGGUACUCCAUGGCGACGAAAUUUCCCUUUCUCCCUGUGUGGACAACACCUACUCUCCAAAUAUUCUCCCACCUGUAAAACGGAGACCAGGACAACUUCCAAUCCCAAGUUUCCACAGUAUUAGUAAUUUCCGUGAGUAGUUAAUUAUUAUUCUUUUUUGAGUUGAGUAGGAAUUUGAGUCGACCUUUUUGUGCAGGAGGUUAUUAUUUGAAUUAUUAUUAUUGUAACUCCAAUUAUAAGACUSUGAGUUCGAUCUCCAUCCUUACAUGUUAGUACUUAAAAAAAUUAAAAUUUAAAAUU